CCUGUAUUAACUGAAACCUUAACCUUCCUACUUCUGCCAAUACUGAGCAAAAGCUGAUGAUGCCGAUGGGAUCUUUUCCACAUUACAGAUGCUCAUCACUCUAAGCAAUAAUUACCUACCUAUUCCCAUUCAUGAAUACGUACUGUGUUACGAACCAAACUCUACCCUUUCACUCACGAUUUGACCUACAUGCUUAUGUAGUAGGUAAUACUCAUUUUAUUAUUCAUACACUGAAAUAUGGCUACCGGAGCCUCUGAAAAGGUGACGUCCAAUUUCGCGAUUCAGCAUCAAAAUCGAACACUAUGGCACAAAAGACUACCGAUUAUCAAUAUGAAAAAGGAUAAUCAAUCAAAGUCUGUGCUGUUAUUGGCUCUGCUUGGCCUCUUAUCGUUCAUAUGGCUGGCAAGAAUAUACUUGGGUAUUUCCCUCCCGGCUUCUCCAACAAUAAAUCCAGUCAGCCGAUAUGGGCUUGAUUUGCUUCGGGGUUCACUUAAUGCACCCCCCUCGCCUAAAGUGCUAGAGUGUUUUCAGGUCUCUCAACCAGUGUUCAGCCCCAAUAGCCCAUAUUCAAAAUCGGCAGUAGAUAACGGGCGGGCCGUCGCAAGGGAAGAUAUCCCUGAUGAGCCUUGCUCUGCCUUAUUGAUGGAUCAUGUUUUUGGGUUUAGUUAUGGCAAGCCUUUCGUUGGAACUUACACACCACCGAAUUGCCCUUUCAAUCGAGUCAUUAUGAACUUUACUGUAGCUUCACAGGGUCGCCAAUUCGACCGUCUAGCAUUGAUGUAUUUUGGCGAUACCGAAGUAUGGCGGACUUCAACUGCGGAACCAACCCAACCUCCCGGGAUUCAUUGGACUUUCUUAAAAGAUAUGUCGGAAUAUUUGUAUUUUUGGAAAUCACCUCAAAAAUUGAUAUUCGAUCUAGGAAACUUGGUGGAUGACAAAUAUACUGGAUCGUUCAAUGCUACCUUAACCGCGACAUUCUUCCUGGCCAGUGUCGAGACUGAUAAACCCUCCCCGGCUGACAUGAUCAUACCUGUAUCCGCGAGGAGGGGAGCAGAAAAUAGAGCAAGCCACUUCACACUACCGGCAGAAAAUGCAACCAACACGCUAAGCUUCCCUCAAAAUGUCCAUAGGGCUGUCGUCUCUAUCUCUGCUAAUGGUCAAGCCGCAGAAGAGUUCUGGUGGAGUAAUGUUCUUCAAAGCGAUGUCGACACAUUUAGCCAUACUACAGGACAAUUGCUCGGCCUGUCACCCUUUCGCGAGGUCCAGUUACUUAUCGACGGCAACCUCGCGGGGGUCCAAUGGCCCUUUCCGGUGGUUUUUACUGGGGGCAUAGUCCCUAGUUUACAUCGGCCUAUCGUAGGUCUUGAAGCUUUCGACCUCAGAGAGCAUCAGAUCGAUAUUACCCCAUUCCUACCUUUAUUAUGCGACGGGGCCGAACACACAUUUACAAUCAAAGUUGCCGGAUUGAAUGAUCGGGAAAAUGCUAGAAUUAUGCUGACGGAUACGGUCAAUGAUAGCUGGUAUGCCACAGGCAAAAUAUUCCUUUGGUUCGACGAGGAAGGUUCAAUUACCACCGGUGGGAGCGCUGCAGUAGAGUACGAUGAGCCAGCCAUUUCAAUCUCUCAUUACGUCACGCAGAACGCCACCGGCUUCAACGAGACUCUAAUUUUUGAAACAUUUGUUGAGAGGACGCUGGCCGUCAGAUCAACAAUCAAUUCAAAAAACUACACUGGAGAAAGCACUUGGUCUCAAAUACUUUCAUAUUCCAACCGAGCGGUAAUAUCAAACUUUGGACUUACCGAGAUUAACAAUUUCACUAUCACUGGAGUCGAUUUUUCGACAGGGCCUGCCACCCCGUAUAAGAGCAUUUACACAUACCCGUUAUACUGCAACCAAACAAUUUCGACAUCACCUCAAGGUAAUCUCACCAUAAGUGCACAAUUAAUACAAGGACUGGAGCUCCAAGUUGAAGGAAGCUCCGUCUUUCCGACAGGCUUGGAGGCGUUUGAAGACGUCUCUACUGCUGGAAGGGCUCCGUAUACCACCUCACACUUGGACACCUACCGUGACGGCACGGCAUUCUUCUCUCAGACGGCAGAUCGUAAGGGUAGCUUCGGUUAUGGUACAACCAAGCAGGUUUUUCGCUUCUGCGGUUCUAGUAGAAGUGCUACUCUCGACAUCGAGGGAGAUGCAGACGAGCUCUACUUCCGAAAUGUAACAGCAGCUAAUGGUACCAUAUUGUCCGAUUCUGAGAGGAUAAAUGGUAUAGAAACAUACGGUAUCAGCCUAACACCACAACUCAACAACCCUCCAGAAACGUCGUUAACAUUAUUUGCUCAUCCUUCUAAUAUAGCUAGUGGAUUCAAAUCAUCCGCGAGGAAAUGUCGGUAACAAUAGGAUGUACGAAUUACCCUCAGUGAAGGUUCAAAUUCCCUAAGUCUGGCUGGUCUUCAGUCCGAGCUGUAUCAUUCUGGUAGGGGCCAGGUCGUAAACAACCUUAGGAACUGUAUAGCUUAUGUACGUCAAAGCCCAACUAAACUAAUUAGAAUUCGUUUCCUCGAAAACUACCUAGGUCAGUUUCUUCACUUAGCGAAAUACCCGUCGACGACCCAAUAAUCCAGAACACAUCGAAGACAAGGUCAACUAUAAUACCGAAUUUUCCAUGAAAUGCUCAAAAUACUUA